UGCAGAACAGGCUAGUUAACUACAGACACAAGACACAACUGAGUGAACAUAAGAAGAACGAGAUUCUGCAUCUUGGUUUUUCUCCUCAACAUGUUUUCUGCUUUCAACUACUUCUUCACCACUACUCCUCCUCCUUCUCUGCACUUGGUGUUUCUGUGAUUGAAGAACAAAGAGUCUUUCUUUGCAGUGCUUCUUGUAAUCCAUUAGGCAGCAUCAAACUAAAGUUUCGAUUUGCGACGGAUCAGUACAGUACCAUUGAAAAAAGACGGGCUUCAAGAGUUGACAGAAUAUAUAUAUACACACGUGUGUAUGAAUAAAGAAGCAAAAGAAUUGCUAGCUUCUUUACUACGGAAUAUGGAAGAAUCAAUUGGAUUUUUUAUAUGUAGUAGUUCUUUUUGUUGAAAAAGGAAAGUCCACUUGCAUUAUUCAAAUGAAGGAUUUUCUAGCUUUCAUAUACAUUGUGCUGAGACAACUGUGAACCAUGUGCUUAUUGUGUCUUUGAUGCAGUUUGGUUUUUCAUAUGAGCAAAUUUCAACAAGGGGGGAGCUUAAUGAAAUUCACUUCUUAUUUUGGUUCUGUUUUCUCUUAUGAUCAUGAUAUUGUUGCUAUUCCCAGCAAAGAAAUCAUGUGUCUGGCAUCUGUUUUCGCCGGCAUCAUCUUAUGUCUUCUUGUGUAUAGAUCAAGUGCUGUUUUGAGUUCUCUAUUGUUCAAUAAGGCAUAUGGCAAAUUAAGCACUAUACAGAAAAUUGAAUGGAAUAACAGGGGAAUCUCUACAUUCCAUGCUCUUUUUGUAUCAUUUGCUUCUUUUUACUUCCUUAUCAUAUCAGACAUUUUCAAGGAUGGUUCACAUGAAGACCUAAUUAUUAAUAGGUCAUCAACUCUUACAAAUACAGCAUUGGGGAUUUCUGUUGGUUAUUUUGUAACAGAUCUGGUGAUGAUUCUUUGGCAUUUUCCAGCAUUAGGGGGUCUGGAAUAUGUUCUACACCAUGGGAUAUCCAUGCUUUCAAUUUUAAUAUCUCUGCUAAGUGGUCAAGUUCAAGUCUACAUACUAAUGGUUCUUUUUUCUGAGAGCACCACUCCAUCUAUAAACCUAAGAUGGUACUUGGAUGUUGGUGGUCUUAAGAGCUCCAAACUUUAUAUUGUGAAUGGCAUUGCAUUGUUCCUUGGGUGGCUGGUUGCUAGGAUUUUUCUGUUUAUUUUCUUCUUUUACCAUAUGUGGGUCCAUUUUGAUGAGGUAAAGGAGGUAAAUGCUUUGUGCUAUUACUUUAUGUUUGUGGUGCCAUCUGUGCUGACAAUGAUGAACAUAUUUUGGUUCUGGAAGAUUGCCAAGGGUAUGGUCAAAACUAUUACAAAAGCAAAACACACAAAGAGGGCUUAGAUCAUCUUACUGCUAUAAAUAUUCAUAAACCAUUGAUACUACUUAGCUUGCCACAAAUGUAUAGACAUUUGAUUUACUCAAAUGAGUUAUAUUCUUAAUGAUAGUUUUUAAUCUGAAUGUUA